AUGGUAAUUGGAUCAUACUUUAAGCGCCUUAGGGAGCAGCCAAACACGCCAGAUGAGAAAUCUCCUAUUUCAGAUCCAAAUAGUUUAAAGAAUCGCUCUGAAGAUGUGAAAGAGCCUGUCCAAAAUUUCGACGCUCAAAACGCUCAAAACGCUCAAAACGCUCAAAACAGUCAAAAAGCUCAAAACAGUCAAAAUAGCUCGAAAGGUAUCAGGGGAAAAAUCAAGCUAUUCUUUAACGAAUAUGGAAAGAUUGGAGUCAUCGUGUACAUUGGCAUAUCGUCCUUUACGUUCUCCCUAUGCUAUUUGGGCGUAAAAGCCGGAAUAGACUUGCAAAGGUUGUCUGAGCUUUUAAAUAUAUCUGUUCCUGCCUGGAGUGGCAAAGCUGGCGGGUUUCUUAUAACUUAUGCUACCUACAAGCUGUUGUUACCCAUUCGUAUCGCUUUAACUGCAGCAAUCACCCCGUACAUUAAACGAAGGUUUAAACUUUAA